AUGUCACCACCAUUUCUAAUUAAUGCGCUUCUCACAGGGAACAUCUCGAAAACUUUGGAAAUCAUGGAGAACUCAAUGGACAGAUUCAAUGAUAUAAAGAUACUUUUUAUUUUUGUUGAAGAGCCCGCGGAUCAGAGCGCAGCGCUUGACGAUUUAUUCACUUGGUGUUGGAAGACAGGAGCCUUAAGCGUUGUAGCCUCAUUUUUCACGUCACCUGAUCCAGUUUACAGCUUUGAUCCUUUUCCCAUAGUAACAAUAACUAUCUUCCCAGUCAACCAAACAUGGGAUCAGUUAUUCAUCGAGAAGGCGAAAAACUUGCAAGGGACGAUCUUGAGAAGAGUCUUAGUGAGUGACUUCCCACGCUCUUUUCCAUACACAAAUGAUGAAGGGGAAGUGCAACACGGCGGCUAUACUGCGGACAUAAUUAGCGAAUUUAUCCAUCAAGUAAAUGCAACAAUGGUAGAUGUCCGCAAGGAAAAUGGAGAACUUUUUGAUAUGUUCGAAGCCGAGAUUUGCAUAUCAGAAGGCAAGGGUGAUCUUCCUACGCUUGUUCGAAGCACUACUCGCAGAAACAAUAUGUUGAACUCUCGUUCAAUCGCCACCCAACAGUAUGAACUCAUCGUACCCUUCAGCAGGUUCCUGCCAGCAUCAUCUUACAUAAUUCUUCCGUUUCAGUGGAAUGUUUGGGUAUUGGCUCUAAUGAUGGUCGUAUUCAUAGCUUCAGCUGAUUACCUCCAUGUACGGAUUCUGGAAAGCUCUGGUGAUUUCGGGAAAGCGCUCUGCCACGCUCUUCUAGGAAUUUGCUCCCAAUCAAUUCCUUCGCAAUGCAGGAGCUCUUGGCGAUUCCGAUAUAUACGUUUCCAGUUAAUUGUUAUCGGAUUCAUUUUAACGAACUUGUAUCUGGCACACCUGUCUAGCUUCAUGACCACUCGAGUAAGUGAACCACAGAUGAAAACUAUUAAGGACAUCAAGGAUCGAGGCCAGAAACUACUGAUGAUUGAUUUCCAUUUUUUAUACUUCGACAAGCGUAACUUGAUUACAGAACCACUGCGUGAGGUUAUAACGACUGUUGACCAAGAUACAUUUGCGGAAGUAAUCUUUGCAAUGAAUGGAACUUAUGGUUUAUGUUUGCCACCCACCGACAAGAGGCUCAUACUCCUUUAUCAGAGUAACAUGAAACGUCCUGUAUUCUACCGACCUGGUCUGAAACUAGCCGUGCCGUAUGUAGGAUCUUUGAUGAGAAAGAAUGCAUCUUUUAUAGGAAGAUUUAACAGGUACGUGUCAAAUCUAUGGGCAUCCGGUCUUAUAGACUAUUGGAGGAAAGUGAAUGACUAUGAAAUUAUCAGAAGGUACUUUAAGAAACACGAAGAACCCUUGGAUGGUUUCGAAGAGCUCGGUUGGAAGCAUAUUGAGUACAGCAUGACUUUUCUUAUCAUUGGUCUCUCAGCAUCGAUUAUUUGUUUCGUAAUUGAAAUGUUUGUGAAAUCGCGAAAUUAA